CCGUCUGGCGCACUCGGAGAGUUUCGAUGAUCCAGACAACGAAGACGAUGAUGAAGAACUCAUGGAAAUUCAAAUCCAGACUCUUACGGGCACCACUUUCAGGGUGCGGGUGUCAUCCAGAGAAACCGCGUGGGGCCUCAAAAACCUGCUGCACAGAACCGAAGGCCUGGUGUGGAGCCAGCAGCACCUUCUGCUGGGCCAGCAGGAGCUUCAGGACGACGUGCCGCUGCAGCAGCAGGGCGUGACGCACGGCUCAGUGCUGCGUCUCGUGAUCAGCCUCAAGGGCGGCCCCGUGAACGCCAGGAGGAACCUGCCACCUGACGACCUCUUGCUCAGAGAAGUCAGCGAGAUCAUGGACGAGAGAAGAGACGAACUGUGGGACUCGUCAGGAGGUCGGGCCGUGACGCUGCUGGUGCUGCGAGACGGCGACUCCGUGAACCUGUACCGGGUCAUGGAGCACGAGGAUGGGUCGUUCUCUCCCCUCAACCAGAGCUGGGCCUCCAGCACACCUGGCGGAGCGUUGGAGCGCUCCCUGGGCUCUAGAGCUGACGAAGAUGCCAAGACGCAGUCCACUCUGGAGCAGCUCAGGGCCAAGAUGGAGGCGAUCAAGCUCAAUGCCAAAAAGAAGAAAAAACCUCUCUCUGGUGGAAGGAAGAAAUCAACUGCUCAAGGUACCAAGAACAGCGCUGUCCAAGUGAAGCCAGUGGCAAACAAAGCUGUUGAAGGCAAACAACAUUUCUCCAGCAUUCCACCAGACCUCGUUAGCGACAUCACACCAAAAGUCAAAGCAGCUAAGGUCGAACAACGCAAGCCCAAAAGUGGAGGACUUCGUAAGAUACAUACAAGGAAAAUGAGCACUAGGCCAUCUACACAGGAACAACGAUCUUUGGAGCUCAGAAAGACAAGCGUGUCCCGUACGGCGGUAAUAUCGGACGAAUUUCCACACUCUCUGCCGCCAAGAUCUAUCGACUUUUCCGGCAAACGACCUCUUGAUGAUAUAAGGUCCAAGAACAACCGAAUUAGACUGGGGAAGGUGGAAGAAGAUGUACCUAGUAAAAUUGGCACUAUGGUUAGUGGUGCUGCGACGGCAGAGAGAGCGGAUGUAAAUGGUUAUUCAUCUUAUAGGCAGUCUUUAGUUAGGCAUGGGAGAGAGGCUGGGCCGAAAAGCAUAAAUCAGGAGCCAGCUAUGGCUUCCCUUCCAAAUGCACCUCCUCGUAGAUUUAAUCCUCCAAUGCCUUUCUACCCUCCCCAAACGAGACCUCGUAGAGAGGUUGAUCCUCUGUAUAGUUCGCACAACAAUUUCGACAGGCUCCCAAUUCCACGGGAUUUUGAUAAUAGACCCAGAACAUCCCCUGAAAUACUAGAAAGACGGCCCGGAUCAACUCCAGAGAGCUUUAGAGAAAAAAUUCAGCUUCGUGACCCCAACCCUCAACUAAUGGACUUGAUGAACAUUUUAAAUUCUUCUAGAAGAAGAUCGCUAGACCAAGCGUCACAGUCAUUUGGUGCUAAAUCAGACCAUAAAACUUUUAGGGAAUUUAAUAACAUUAGUCGCACAAGUCACGGAGUAACACCUAGGAAAGUAAAAACCCCGAUGACGUCGUCAUUCGGUAUCAUGUCGAAACCCUCUAGCGCGAACAGUGGCCUUUUCGCCAACACUAUGGGAUCAUCAGGUUCAGCGGAACAAACGGAAUUUUUUCGUGAGCUCAUUCGUUCCCAGGUCGCAGCAUCCCAAUUUUCAUCUAGAAAAACCACGCCUGACCAAGCAAAGAAGCCUCGAAGGCCAGUAAGUGGUCGUGGCCACAUCCCAGCCUCACCUGCUCGCCUCCCGCCGGUUACACCUAGUCGAAAAAAACGUGCUGGAGGACGAAAACCAAGAUGCGCUCAAUGCGGUAGGAGGAUUCAGAUCUCUUCUACGUACAAUUGCCGUUGUGGGGGACUUUUUUGUGCUCAACAUAGAUAUUCCGAAGCACACAGCUGCAGUCACGAUUAUAAGACAGAGGGACGCAAUCUCCUGCAGAUCGCCAACCCUUUAGUUGAACCUCAAAAACUACCAAAAAUUUAGUCGGAGAUCUCACUAAAAUAAAAUGUACCAAGAGUAAAUGAAAGCUGAAUCAACUUGAGCUCCUACCGCAUUUUAAAGAGGGUGUUCAAAUUGAAGGAAAGAAUACAUAAGAGUU